CUGACUUCACCGGAAGUAGCAGCCCUGAGCGUUCACGGGCGGCGUGACGUUACGUCCGCGCGAGAGCGAUAUACGCAGCACCGAACGAGGAACGCGAGAGGAUGGAGGCCGCGGAGCAGCAGCGGAGCUCGAGUGACGGCGCGCCCGCCAGAGGAGCGGGGGUCCCGGGCAGCGGCGGUGGAGCGGAGCCCGGUGGAGGCGCUGAGGGCGAGCGAGACAAAGAUCGCGCAACAUUCGAGUGUAACAUUUGCCUGGACACGGCCCGUGACGCGGUUAUCAGCAUGUGUGGACAUCUCUUCUGUUGGCCGUGUCUUCAUCAGUGGUUGGAGACGAGACCCAGUCGACAGCAGUGUCCCGUAUGUAAAGCAGGAAUCAGUCGGGAUAAAGUGAUUCCUCUGUACGGCCGCGGCAGCACCAGUCAAGAAGACCCCAGAUUGAAAACACCUCCUCGGCCUCAGGGUCAGAGAACAGAAGCAGAGAGUCGAGGGUUGUUUCAGGGUUUUGGCGACACAGGGUUUCACAUGUCUUUUGGAAUCGGUGCUUUUCCAUUCGGCUUCUUCACCACAGUCUUUAAUACCAAUGACCAUUUUCACAGAGCAGACCCUCACUAUGCAGGCGAUCACCACGGCAACGGAAAUCCCAACAAUGGCAACAACUGGCAGGACUCGCUCUUCCUCUUCCUCGCCAUCUUCUUCUUCUUCUGGAUGUUGAGCGUGUGAAGGGCUGAAGUGAUGGACACACACACACACACACACGCAUACAGAGGUGGAUGUCGUCUUCAUUCCACCUAACUUUUAUUGACGCAGAAGUGAAAUGUGUUUUCUGCGCAGACAAAUUCUUCAUCUUCUCUGUCUGUCUCUGCACAUGUACAUAUAUGCACACACACACACACACACACACACACACACACACACACACAUCUGCGGGUUGAAUUGUGGCUCAGUGUUGAAGAACAGAGACAGUAUUAAUGAACACUAUCAGAAGAAACAGUUCAUUCACUCUCAUAUUGUUUCAAACCCUCCAGAUUUACUUUGAAACACAAUAAGAGUUUUUAUCGAUGUAAGCUUAUAAGCACAUAACAGACUCAUAAAUGAGUGACUCGUUUUACCAGUCAUAAAAACUCAAUUCAACUCAUUAAAUCUCUUUUUAAAAAUCAAAUCAUUUAAUGUCAUUUUGUGAAUAAUAAUAACUAAAGCUAUCGUAUGACCUCGAGAGAUUUGAGUCUCGACUUUAGUGACUGCUGUUAUUUGAUGCAAAUAAGCAUUCAUUUCAGAAAUGUGUUUUUGGAUAAAAUAACAGCAGAGGGGUUUGAAAUAACAUGAUGAUUUUUAAAAGGAAAACUGUUCUUGUCGUGUCUGUGAGAUUCUGAUGCCAAAGAAAUUCGGACCUUAGAGAAAUACGAAACGAAUGAGAGAAGGAUUUUAUGUAUGGUAGGUUCAUUUAGGAAGAGUUUUGUCUUAUCUUCAGGCCAUAACACUGUGCUGUCAGUAUAAAUAAAUCUGAUGGAUGAAUGAAAUCUCUUAUAAUGUGAGUCAUGUACUCAUGUAUUUAACAUCAAUCUCAUGAUAUCGAAACAUAACCGGCUUCUUUUUCACCACGUGCAAAAAUCAACAGAUGUUUUGCUUAAGGAAAAUCAAGUCUGUUUUUUGCAUUGUGACAUUAUUGUCGUCCAAAAGUCUCAUGACUAGUAUUUGCAUAAUUCUUAAAAGUAUUUAUAUACAUCAUCAUGGUAAUAUUUAUUUUAUUUUACCGACCACUGAUUUAAAUGAAAGUAAUAUUCAUAUUUGUCAUGAAAGUAAUGUUACAAUGCAAAAAGAAAUCUUUAAUAUUUUAUGAUGUUACUGUUUUAUAUUUUCCUGUAAGAAUCUAAAUGGUUUGCUGGGUUAUAGUAAGAUGCAAACUAGUCAAAAGUAAGCUAAACUUGAGAAGAUGUGGAUUAACCCGCUGUAGAUGGAAAAUAUAUGCGUGUUGUGUCACAUCUCACAGACCCACAGCAGAUGUUUUCACAACAAUUCAAUCUGUUUGUUGUGUAAAGCAGUUUCAACGACACACUUUUUUAAUCUCCUUGACAUAAAUCCUAAAAGUUAAACUAUGAAUCUGAUUUAUAGGGUUAAUGAUAAAAGACAGUUCACUGAUGGAAGAAACUAUAUGCAGCUAUUGAGUUAAUGUCAUUUAUUUUAAUAUCCCAGAGGAUUAAACUCAAUAGAAAACAUUAAAAAAAAAGUCAACACAUUUUAAUUGUUAACAAUGUAAUGAAUAAUGUUAUAUAUAUCUAUACAUCUAUCUAAUAUGUAUUUCUCAGAGUGAGACGUGUUGUCUCGUGAGUGUGUGUGUAUAUAUGGAUGUUGUAAAUGAUGUUUUAAAGCGUCUGAUGUUGAUUGACAGGUGGUGGGGAGGUGAUGGUUUGUAGUGAUGUGUGUUUAUCAAUGCAACAAACAUCCUGUGAACAUUUCCGUUUUCCUCUCUCGAUGCAGAUGAUUGGCUGGUUUAAUCCUGAGCCAAUAGAUGAGUAGAAAUAUGGCCACGCCCAGUUUUAUUAUGUCAACACAGUUCAUGUUGAUUGACCUCUGCUGGCUGUGGGUUAUAAAGGUUUUGAUGAUUUCUUACUGGUUGAUUUAGGUUGAAUUUGCUCUUCUUUGUCUUUUUUUGCAUAUCACUGGUUAAUCAAAGCAUAUGUUUGUAUAGAAAGUCUUCUUUUGGUAGAUAAUAAUUAUUGUGCAAAUGGGGAUGAAACUAACGUGGCCUGUUUACUGGCACUUGAUAAAUAAACAUUUAAUAUGG